GCGCCGCCAUUUUGUGAGUCUAUAUAACACGUAGCCGUUGAUCCUGCUCCUGCUAUUCCGGCGCAUCCGCUCCGCUUCCCUUCGGGCCGCCUUCCUGUGCCAUGGACGGCAUUGUCCAAGAUAUAACAGUUGGUACAAAGCGGGGAUCUGACGAACUUUUCUCUACUUGUGUCACUAACGGACCCUUUAUCAUGAGCAGCAACUCUGCUUCUGCAGGCAUGCUGCUAGGAUCACUACACAGGGUGCUUCUUGACAGCUGGGAACUGAAUGAUGCCUCUUUAUUCGGGGCCAAUGGAAAUGACAGCAAGAAAUUCAAAGGUGACAGCAGAAGUGCAGGAAUCCCAUCACGAGUAAUCCACAUCCGCAAACUGCCCAGCGACGUCACAGAAGCUGAAGUUAUUUCCUUGGGGCUUCCUUUUGGCAAGGUCACAAACCUACUAAUGUUAAAAGGAAAGAAUCAGGCUUUCAUAGAAAUGAACACAGAGGAAGCGGCUAACACCAUGGUAAACUACUACACCACGGUCACUCCUGUCCUCCGGAGCCAGGCCAUCUACAUCCAGUUCUCCAACCACAAAGAGCUGAAGACUGACAACUCUCCGAAUCAGGCGCGCGCUCAGGCAGCCCUGCAAGCGGUGAACUCGGUGCAGUCUGGGAACCUGGCCUUGUCCGCCUCUGCCGCAGCCGUGGAUGCCGGGAUGGCGAUGGCCGGGCAGAGCCCUGUCCUGAGGAUCAUUGUGGAAAACCUCUUCUACCCGGUCACCCUGGAUGUCCUGCAUCAGAUUUUCUCCAAGUUUGGCACAGUGUUGAAAAUAAUCACCUUCACAAAGAACAACCAGUUCCAGGCCCUCUUGCAGUAUGCAGACCCUAUGAGUGCCCAACAUGCCAAGCUGUCUCUUGACGGGCAGAACAUUUACAAUGCCUGCUGCACGCUCCGCAUUGACUUCUCCAAGCUCACCAGCCUCAACGUGAAAUACAACAACGACAAGAGCAGAGACUAUACCCGGCCAGACUUGCCUUCUGGAGACAGCCAGCCCUCUCUUGACCAGACCAUGGCAGCUGCUUUUGGUGCUCCAGGGAUCAUUUCUGCCUCUCCUUAUGCUGGGGCUGGCUUCCCGCCUGCUUUUGCAAUUCCUCAAGCUGCAGGCCUCUCAGUUCCAAAUGUCCACGGAGCGCUUGCUCCUUUGGCUAUCCCAUCAGCAGCAGCAGCAGCCGCGGCUGCCGCAGGGCGGAUGGCAAUUCCCGGCCUUUCUGGGGCAGGGAACUCCGUUCUGCUGGUUAGCAAUUUGAACGCUGAGAGAGUUACACCCCAAUGCCUCUUUAUUCUUUUCGGGGUAUAUGGUGACGUGCAAAGAGUGAAGAUCUUGUUUAAUAAGAAGGAGAAUGCCUUGGUUCAAAUGGCUGAUGGCAAUCAAGCCCAGCUGGCCAUGAGCCACCUCAACGGUCAGAAGCUCCACGGGAAGCCCAUCCGCAUUGCUCUGUCGAAACACCAGACUGUUCAGUUGCCCCGCGAAGGGCAGGAAGACCAAGGGCUGACCAAGGAUUAUGGCAACUCUCCCCUCCACCGCUUCAAGAAGCCAGGCUCCAAGAACUUCCAAAACAUUUUUCCCCCUUCUGCCACCCUUCACCUCUCCAACAUCCCGCCUUCGAUCAUCGAAGAGGAUCUCAAGCUGCUGUUCUCCAGUAAUGGUGGGAUGGUGAAAGGCUUCAAAUUCUUCCAGAAAGACCGCAAGAUGGCUCUCAUCCAGAUGGGGUCUGUGGAAGAAGCCAUUCAGUCGCUCAUCGACCUCCAUAACCAUGACCUUGGUGAGAAUCACCACUUGCGUGUGUCCUUUUCAAAGUCCACCAUUUAAGUGCUUUGGAGAGGCACGCGGCAGGAUGGACCUGACUGAGAAAAACAAAGCCGCCAGCCACCACCACCCUCCUUAGUGGCCUCAGCCUUGGCAUCCUUUGCAAGGGCGUGGCACAACUUACAUCAUUCCAGAAACAGAAAGAAGCCACUUUAAGAGAGAGAGAGAGAAUGCAGCUGAAGUGACCUUAAAAAGACAACAAAUUUUAUUUUUUUAAGGAUGAAAGCAGUUUACCGGUUUUUUUAAAAAUACAUAUAUAUAUACAAAUCUUAAUACCCAUUGCUAUAAACUUUCUUGCAGUGAGUGGGAUAACAAUCUUUAACCGAGGGGGGGGGAAUCAUAAAAGUUUACAUUCUUAGUUGGAAUCCUCUCUAGGAGCCUGCCGUACCCACCCUGGUGCUUGCGCCGUUCCCUUCCUUUCUUCCCUUAGAAAAGAAAACACCCCCAGUCCGAGAAAGCUUACCAGCUUCACAGUGAUGCCUUUAUCUUGUCUCAUCUUUGGGCAAGAUCCCCAAACUGCAACAUCUUGAUUCUUUUUCAGUAAAUUCUCUCAAGCACAGAUGCCUUUUUUAGGGGUGGGGGGAUUGCCUUUUCCCAAAGCCUUUCACAUACUAUCCUGUGCCUUAGACGUUUUUCACCAGGGGUGAGAGAAAACAGUCAUCGGGAAAAGUCUUAAGAUCUGGGAGUUGCCUUGAGGUGUUCACACUGCACCGGGGGGGGGGGGAGGCUCACCAAACAUUCAUUUUCUGUCCCAGUAAGCAGUCUUUAACACCUCUGCAUAAAAUGUCUCUUAACUUGCAAAUCAUUGUGUUAGUUUCCUCGAUCCACAAUAUUCUCCUCCACCUGCCCUGAAAGUGGGUAUUAAUAACACGUGGCCAAUUUGCGCUCAGGUUGAAAUUUGGGGGGGGGGGCUCCUCACCCCAUCCAACAGCAUUUCAUUGGAAAGAAUUCCCCUUUUGCAUUAAGUAUUCCGCAGCUGUGGAAAUUGGAAGCCCCAGUGUAAACUUGUACAGGGGCGUCCAGCUUUGGUGUAUCUGUCCUCGGAACCUAUUUUGGGCUCACGCUGAACGAGUUGGUUGCCUUUUGUUCCGUCCCUUCGGGAUUUCACCCUUAACCACCAGCAUAUCUCUCCUCUCAUCAGUUUCAGCUUCUUGUUUUAAUACUUUCUUAUUAUAUUUUUUUUUACCUGUGGUCUUAUCUUUGCCUAGCAAUAUUUCCAGUUGACCAAAUAUUCUAAAGAAUUCAUACAUAUAUAUCUUUCUCUAAAUAUAUAUGCAAAAGGCGCAAUAGCAUAACUUUUUUAUAGAUAAGAUGGUAUAAAUAUAUCUAAGCAUUCUAUUACCCUUGUAUCCUUGUAUUUUCGUUUGUAAGCGGAAAAACUAGCACAGGAAUGUAGUUUUACCAAGAUGAGGUCGUGGCCGAAGAUUAAAGUUAUACUUUGAAAAAAGUAUUUAAAGUAGCAAAAUGCCCGUUGCUUCAAAAGGAAGGAAGGACCCACAUUUAACAGGGUCAUCUUACUGUAAUAAUCCAAGCUUAUCUACACUAUUUAAAGAAAUGCAAGUUACUAUUUUUUUUCUCAUGCUGAUCUGCCUUCUUUAUAUUUCCAGUGUUGCCUUACAUUUCCCUCUUAACUCAUGUGAGAUUUUUAAGAUAACCAGAAUCUUGUCCUUAUCAGGGUUAUUGCUUCAAAUUGUGGACCAAAGUUGUCAUUUUUUUUCCUCUUCAAUGUAUGUGGUGUAGUCUCUCAAGUCACUGUCCGUUGCUGUUUCACAGGAGCUGUCUGACUUGCCUUUUUUUGUCACUGAGGGUUUUGGAAAAGUCUUAAAUCUUUCUUUAUAUAUAAAAAAAAAGCCUUCCCGGUAUCGCGGGGAUGCGAUCUAUGCUGGAGGAGUGUAUGAUGUCUUUGAGUGAGGGUUGUUCCCUUGGGUUGCCAGCGUAAGGCUAAAAGGUGGAGCCACCAAACAGCUGUCCUCCUUUGGGCUCAAAAAGCACAAUCAUCUGUGGCACUGGUGCAAAGAGUCUCGGCGCCUUUUCGUGGCCGUGGCAGGUGGGGAGGCGUAUUGCAAAAGGGCCGGUCCAAGUAGGCGGGUGCCCUGAUGUUAAGACUUGAGCGAUUCAAUGCAGGCAGCUGGUGGGUGUCCUCCCUCUAGCCAAGCCCGUGCGCUUGGGGAGUCUGCCUUCCACGCCAUCGAUGUGCCCAGUUCCCUUGGUUGCCAGGUGCCGCUCUGCCCUGCGAACAGGUGUUCCUUUGGUCUUAACCCCCGCUCCCGUGGCUAACAGUGCUGGUGGGUCACUGGGCGUGCGGUAGGAGAGGCAAGUCCCACCCUUCCAAUUUCCUUGCCGCCACCACGUGCCACACGGUGGCCUGCUUGCGAGGUCAGCUGCUGCUCUCUUUCCCCCAAUCUGGGCUUCAGACAACUGGAGGGUUGAGAAAUUCCGCUCCUACACACACAUUCUACUGUUCUAGCUCUCCCCAGGCAGUAACAGCAGGUCUUGGAACGGGGAGAGGAGUCUCCUUUGGGGAGGGGGCUAUUGAGUGUGGCAGCUAGAGGUCCAUUGUAUUUAUCCCCCCUCCCCUAAAUUAAACCAAGAUCUGAUGCCCGGAAGUCCCUCCCAGAUUUGGGAAGAAAGGAGACCGGUUGGCCCACAAAAUGAGACCCCCAGUGGCACCCAGCAAUACCACUUUAAACGCUACAGAGCCUUGGUGUAGAAUGGUCUUAAAUGCAGCUUUUUAAAUCUGUGUUUGACCGACCUCUUCUUGGGGUGGGGGGGGGGGCUCCUUAGAAGCACACUUUUUCCAGCUAAAUCAUACCACUGAGACUUCUCUUUCUGCGUGGUCUUGGGGUGUGUGUGUGUUCAGGGUGCAGACUGGCAUAUAGCAGUUGGCCAGGGAGAGGGUUUUUCAUCCUGUGUUUUUUGCUUUUUCGUUUUGCAUGUAAAUGUGAGUAAUGAGAAAAAAAGGUGUAAAUAUUUAUAAUUUUUUAUACCUGUUGUAAGACAUGAGGGGGCAGCAGAACCCGUCUUUUUAUGGUGAAACAGAUGUAUUGUAUAUUUUGAUAACCAGCUUAUUACAGGUUCAGUAUUUGGGGGGCUGGGAAUGUGGGGGUACCAUUCGCGUCGGAAAUUCCAUUGCCUGGCUUGAAAAAACUGUAAUGCAAAAAAAAGUUUUUUGAAAUUAAAACUAUUUUAUAAUGAACUUAGUACCUCUUUUUCUGUAGCCUUUUACCUGCUCUUCUUGUUUGGAUUGUAGAAAGCAGUCGACGGACUGUCUGUACUUCUUCUUAUUUUGACUCUCAAUAAAUGUCUUCUGUAUCUUC